CCUUCCUAUCCCUCAAAACCCUUCUAAAGCAUUAACCCUACAACUCACUGAAGAUGUUACUGUUAUACUUACCGGUCACAAUGCGGUUAAUGAUGAACCUUCAGACGUUUAUAUGACUACAGUAGAGCUUUCAAACGUCGAAAUUUUCGAAAACCAAUCUCCUGAAGUUAAAUUUUCUGAAAUCCAGCUUCCUGAAGUUAAAUUUUCUGAAAUCCAGCUUCCUGAAGCUAAAUUUCCUGAAAUCCAAUUUCCUUCCCUUGAACCAAUCUUUAAAUUUAUAGCAGAAUAUUAUAUCAUUUUUAUUAUUGGAUUAUUAAUAAUUGUCAUAUCUUUUAUCCCUCAGCUCUUUAUUGGAUUUCUCAGACUUUUAGGAUUUAGCAUCUCUGGAAUCAGUAAAAAUAGUUUGAUAGCCAAAUGCCAGUCUAUUACUACUAAAGAUGUAGGUGGAUUAAGAUUAUUACAAGUGAUAGUAAUGGCGAUAUCAUUCGUGAUAUUAUUUUUUUAUUUAUGGGCAAAGGGGAACCAAAUCUAA